AUGAUCUUAGAUUCUAUUGUGCCCUCAAGGGCCAAUGCCACAUCCAGAUUGGCGCCGGGGCAGCAGUCACAAACGUCUGCCGGGAUACUGACAAGCACCCACAGCUUGCUUAAUGAAAGCUUUGGGGGAAUGCGUCUGUGGAACAGAAACAGCGAAGUUGUCAAACAUCAGCUGGAUAUCAUACCUAAAGGUCUUGGUUAUUCCAGAGACUCCCAGCUUGCAACUCGCGCAAACACCUCGGCGCAGGGAACGGUCACAAUAGGAGACGGUGCAUCACGAACUGGAAUACCUCAGAUAAACCUACGUGCAGACAUCAGCGGACCGGAGAAUAUGAGUAGGAAUUGGAUACCGCAUUGGAGUUACCAGAAAAGCUCUAUUGCUGCCGCGUGCAUAUUUACAGCCGUCACAGCAAUGGCUUUGACCUUUUUGGCUAUCCUAUCCAUCAAAAAGGCUAAAAGAAGCUGGGAGCGACAUAAACGCGAGAAGCGAUAUUAUACAAACUCCGGAUAUUCUGCUCUCUCACUGCUCGAGGAAGGCCACGAAAUGACAUCAACGAGUAGCAAGCAAAUAAGCCGAGAGACCCUGAUGUUCAGUAAAAGUCGUUCGCCCUCUUCACCUCUUUUUGUUGAACAAGAUGGCCCCUCCGUGACAAGAGUUUAUCAGGCGAGCAAAAGCGUCUCUACAAUUACGCUUGACUCGCCCAGCUCUACCCUGGGACAUGCAGGCUCUACAACUGAGCUGAAUGCAAUACCGGAACGUCCAGCCAGUGCGUUAAAACCCUCUCGCCACGAACGCCAUGGCUCUAAGGCCAGAUCGGUCGUUGUCGUACCGUCACCUCUAAGGGCAUUCUCGGUGAAGCCUAUGAUACACCACACAGACCCAUUCCGCAGCUUGGAGCGGACUCCUUUGAAUGUCGAACAUGAGGGCGGUAGUGUUCCGUCGAGCAGCAAGCGCGACUCCGCUGGUGGAAACAGCUUGUUUAGACUUCCAGCAAUCCAAAGAACAAUGUCGCCUCUAUUCUCGUUUUGA